CACAGUUUUGUAGAGCAUUAUACACUUUGUCGAACAGCGAAAAAUCGUUGUAAAACAAAAGAAAAUAUAAUAAACGCUACGAGCUUAUUCCCCGACCCAAUAGUUUUCGGGAACUGUGCUCGAACUAGAAAUGAAAAGAAGGAAAAAUAAAGUAAGAAAAUAAAGAGAAGGAAAUAAUGGCCGAGAUCUAUCCUCUGCUUCGGAUGCUCGAUCAUCUUUCGUCGUGAAAACUAUCCGGUACGCCGGGUUCGAGUUCCAGGCGUUGAAUUUCAACGCGUUGUUUUCCAAGGUUUAUUAAGCGAUUAAAGCGCACGAGAGAGAGAGAUCGUCACGCUUGAAUUUCUCAUCCGAAACUGAUUUAAAAGUUCUCCAUGAUCGACGGGCUUCGCGCAGUUCACCGCGACGAACGCGUUACAUAAUCAGCGCAUAAAGCAACUUCGUCGACCGAAAAAUCUGCAGCUUCGGAAUAGUUUCGUUAGGUGGUAAACAACGUCGAGACGCGAGCAUCCAGCGACAGUUACAUCCUCUGCACAGGGACUUGCUUUCACCCUUAACCUUCUCGGCGAACGAGUAAACAUGUUUUGGGAAUGAAGCGCCACAGUUUGCGGGACAAAAUAACGCCGCGCGUUUCUUUCAUUUUUGCAUACGUUGUAAACCGUAUGGAGUGUAUCUUAACGUGGAAAUAAUCGCGAUGGACCGAGAAUCUCACCUGCCGGUUCAUUCAGCUCAGAAAGGAAAAUGGAGAGAUCUUCACCGGCCGCAAAUAUUCCGCCCAGGCAGGCUGGAAGUACAUCCUGCGGGAGAUGCGACACGAGUUUCCCACCAUAAUGGCUAACGUGCACUACACGGUGUUGAAGAAGAAAUGGUCGAACCUGUUGCAGCAGUACAAAGAACUGAGGAACCCGGUACACGGAGACAGGAACAAGGCGGACGACGUCUCAUGGCCGUUUUACAGCGCGAUCGACGAGCUCCUAGGGGGAGGACACGACCGUGGAACGCCGAACCACGACGAGUACAUCGAUCCUCACGAAUUCCUCUGCGUCUCCGUGACACCGGAAGAGCCGACUUCCUCCUCCAUGGACGCGCCGCAAACAAUUUCCGAUCCGGAAAUCGAACGCCUCGGAACCGGCUUCCACCCUGAGCAGAGGAUCCGGACGCUCGGCGGCGACGGUUCCGUUCAAAUCGAGAGAAUACCUUCGUACGACAACGUCAGGCAGCCGGAUAAAAAUGAGGGCCGAAGGAAACGCGUGUCGAGCAGCGGAUCGAUCCCGCGGCUACCACGUGCCACGGAGCUCACGAUCAAGAAAGUUACGUCGGAGGCGGACCGUUCCAAGGACUUGUCGAGAGUACGAGGAAACGAGCCGGCCGAUUCCGCCAGAGACAAAGGCCGACUGACCGAGGCGCGUAACGAGGAUGAGGAAAGGCCGAGAAAGUCGAGGCGAACGCAGGCCCCGUAUCGGGAGGAUCGCGAGUCACGGACCGAUCGCCGUAUCGAGCAGAUCUUCGAGUACAUUAAACAACGGGACGAGGAGAAUAGAUCCAUCAUGGUCCGUGUGAUGCACGCCGUCGAGACGAUCGCCAGCAAGUUAUGACACCGUUCGAUGCCCGAGCGAAACGUCGCGCCUCGGCCGCACCGCUCUUUUCGGAGGCUGCGGAAUAAUUAUGGCGUCUGCCGCCGCGUCGAUCAUUGUUCACGGAUUAUUCUUCGUCUCUUGCCGAUUUCAAUUUCCCUCGCGCAACCUUCUUCCGCGAAGAAGAACGCCCGCGGAUUUUAUCAAAGUUCAGUCCAGAAAUCCAGUUCAGUUUUAUCAAAGUCGUCCAAAUUCUGAUUUACAGUAAUGUCUCUCUAAUUGACGCCCAAAUUGUCCACAGAAAUGGACAAUUUGGGAAGAGGAGAUGCGAU